UGAGAAUGUUGGUACAUCUCCAACGCCGCUUCAAUGGCGCGGUGCCACCUCAUUUUCACAUUUGCAGCGAGCCACCACCAUGCACAUGUUUGCCAAGGUGAUGCUUAUCCUCAUCAACAUUGGGUUCAUCGUUGCCGGGUCCCUCUUGAUCUGGCUCGGAACCAAGUCGCGCAAUGGCCACUGGACCGACAUCUUCUCCACUGGCACCGCCACGGACGUGAAUACGGUCGCCACGGCCAUCAUUGCUCUUGGGGCGUCUGUCAUCGUGAUUGCGUUCUUUGGGUUUGCUGGCGCCGCGUGCCGCAAUCGAUGCCUCCUCACACUCUACUCAAUCUUUGUCGUGUUGGGGUUGAUCAUAUUCGUGGCCAUCACGGUGCUGGGGUUCCUUUCGUCGUCGCAAGCCAACACGUGGAUCGCGAAGUCGUUCCCUGCUGAUCCCGCCGAGACAGACGUUGCCAAGGGAUUUAACCAAGUGUACUGCUACGCUGAAGGCGGGCGCUUCUGCGUCACGAUGCCUGCCAAAGACGCCAUCAAUACAUUCUUUCCGACGGGCAGCGAUGCCACGGUGACUGCUCUUUCCGCAGCCGGCAUUGAUGUAAAUGCCAACACAGGCCUCCUUGGUGUGUGCGACCAAGUGAGCGCCAAGCUUGCCUCAUUGCCGGCAACUGCUGCCGAGAUUGUGAAAAGUGCGCUGCCCAACGAGUACAAGGAUGCUUGUGCGACAUGCCAAGACGUCAAGGCCAACUACGGCGACUACAGCGCCGUUUUCGACUGGGUGGACGGCAAAUGCCCGUUGACGACAGAAACGGCGCAGUGGUGCGGCGCGUUCCUCAUCACAAAGAACCAAUCGUCCGUGUACGAGAAAGCCCCGUACAAGCAGUGCCGCGCCCCCGUCUUGGGACUGUGGAAAGACUACAGCACCCGCGUCGGCAUCGGCGGCAUCGUGCUCUCCGUUUUGUCCCUGCUCUUAAUCGUGCUUUCAUGCAAAGCUGCACGCAACAACGAAUCAGACGGGUACACCGCCGCAUAAUCCAAGUUUUACAACAUUCCAUCUUGCA